AUGUCGGCUUCUCCUGCCGCAUUUGAACGCCCUCGCGUUGGAAAUUCAAAUAAGAUUUUCAAGAGUGGGCAUCUUCUCAUAUCUUCCAAAGGUUUAGGAUGGAAGUCUUGGAAGAAGCGAUGGUUUAUCCUUACUCGCUCUUCUUUGGUUUUCUUCAAGAAUGACCCCAGUGCCCUUCCACAGCAAGGCAGUGAAGUAAAUCUGACUUUGGGGGGCAUUGAUUUAAAUAAUUCAGGGAGUGUUGUAGUUCGAGAAGAUAAGAAGCUACUGACCGUUUUGUUUCCUGAUGGACGUGAUGGCCGGGCAUUUACUCUUAAAGCAGAGACAUCAGAGGACUUGUAUGAGUGGAAGACUGCCCUAGAACAUGCUCUUGCACAAGCACCAAGUGCUGCACUUGUGAUGGGACACGAUGGGAUAUUUAGGAGUGAAACUAAUGAUACAACCGAAGGGUCCUUCCAUCAAUGGAGGGAUAAACGCCCAGUGAAGUCUUUGAUUGUUGGACGGCCAAUUUUGCUUGCAUUGGAAGAUAUAGAUGGAAGCCCAUCCUUCCUUGAAAAAGCACUUCAAUUUCUUGAGAAACAUGGAGUUAAAGUUGAAGGAAUUCUGAGGCAGGCCGCAGAUGUUGAGGAAGUGGAACGAAGAGUUCAAGAAUAUGAACAAGGGAAGACUGAAUUUGGUCCAGACGAGGAUGCUCAUGUUAUUGGGGACUGUGUUAAGCAUGUUCUUCGAGAGCUGCCUUCGUCUCCUGUCCCUGCUUCCUGCUGCACUGCUUUGUUGGAAGCCUAUAAAAUUGAUCGGAAGGAAGCUCGGGUGAAUGCGAUAUGCUCUGCAAUACAGGAUACAUUUCCUGAACCCAAUAGGCGUCUCUUACAGAGAAUCCUUAAGACGAUGCAUGCAAUUUCCUCACAUACAACUGAUAAUCGGAUGACUCCAUCGGCUGUUGCUGCUUGUAUGGCACCUUUGCUCUUGCGUCCUCUUUUAGCUGGUGAAUGUGAACUAGAGGAUGAUUUUGAUAUCAAUGGUGAUAAUUCUGCUCAGCUUCUUGCUGCUGCAAAUGCUGCUAAUGAUGCCCAAGCAAUUAUUACAACACUCUUGGAGGAAUAUGAGAAUAUUUUUUAUGAUCAUAGUCUGCACAGAUAUUCUAUAUCUGCGAGUUCACAAACUGAUAAUAGUGAGAGUGAACAUAUGACUGAUGAUGAAAAUCUAGACAUAAAAAACAAUGGUUAUCAUGAUGCUGAAAAUGAAGUUGGCCCUGAAACGGAAGAUGAUCGUAAUCGUGGACUUAUUGGGAAGUUAAGUGAAAGCAGUGAAUCUGCAGCCAGCGAUCAUGACAAUAAGGUCAUUGGAAAUGAUGAUUCCGACGUUGAAUCUCCAAUGGAUAGUCAUACUUCAGCAACAAAAUCAUAUCCAACUACAGACCCUAAACUUCUUAGAGUAACUAAUGCUUUGGUUAAUGAGCAGCUCCAACAGAAUAAGCCAGGUGAAAAUACGUUGAAUGCUUCAACCGAAUUAAUUUGUAACGAGUCUCAGCGGUCUGUGGGGGAAAUUUUAUCAUCUAUGGAUCAAGAGCUGAAUCUAUCUACUCCUGCACUUGAGUCAUUGGUUGAGAAGCCAACAUCCAAACAUACAAAUUCCAAUCUGAAUGUCCAGAGAUCAACAUUUUGGGGAAGAAAAAAUUCAAGGAAAACAUCUUCAACGGAAUCAGUUGAUUCUUCUGGGGAAGAAGAGCUUGCUAUCCAGAGAUUAGAGAUUGCAAAGAAUGAUUUGCAUAAAAGGAUUGCGAAAGAGGUUGCAAGUCUACAAGAACAGUUACAAGCUGAAAGAGAUUUACGGGCUGCUCUGGAAGUUGGCUUGAACAUGUCUUCUGGACAGUUUCUGGGCUGUCAUGGUAUGGAUUCCAAGACGAGGGCUGAGCUUGAGGAGAUAGCUGUUGCUGAAGCAGAUGUGGCCAGAUUGAAGCAGAAAGUUGCUAAACUUCAUCAUCAGCUAAGUCAGCAACAUCAGCAUCACUAUGGCACUCUCCCUGAUGCAUCUGAUCCCUAUCAACGUGCCACAAAUCACAGUCCUCAGCAGAAAUAUUUCCAGCGUGAUUUUGACUCGACGCUUGCUUUCUGUAACCAUGAAAGGAAACAAAGAACUGAGGAGUUGGUAGGGGCAGAUCGGAGAAAUAUUAGAGGACAUGUCUUAACAUCAGGCAGCAGUAGACGACCUGCUCAGCAUCAGUUCCUAGAUUCAACAGGAUUGAGCGAUUCUAAAAGUCCUGGGGCAUCUACGAGUUCAUCUGUGGACAACCUCUGUUACGUUGAUUCUGCAGCCAUACCUUGCACAUCUGGUGCGGCAGAGGUGAUAGAUGAUCCUAGACAUCCCUCAGCAGCAGCAUCAACUUUGUUCGAAUUGACAACACGUCUUGAUUUUUUCAAGGAAAGGAGGUCUCAGUUGAUGGAACAACUCCAAAGCCUCGAUUUAAACUACGAAACACCACAAGAUAAUAUGUAUAAAUCAUCUUCUCUUGACUGGAACUGA